AUGGCGCUCCGCCCUAUCUUUACUGCUACGCACCCACGUGCGUGCUCUACGGCCUUUGAGCGGGUCUUCAUGGCCCGCCGCGAUAUCCUAGAGAGCGUUCACGAACCCUUUGGAGAUGCCUUCUACUAUGGUCCUGAGAUCCUCAGUGAUCGUUUCAGAAACGACACUGCCACUCGUGAGGAGAGUGGUUUCUCGCAAAAGACCUACAAAGACGUCCUCAACGAGGUCAUGGAUGCGGGUAAAGAUGGCAAGCGAAUCUUCAUCAAGGACAUGGCCUACUACCUCAUGGCCCCAGACAGCAAGCCUACCAAGGUUGCACCGUCUCUGGGAGAGGAAGAGCCUGGCAACCCAACUGUUUUGCCACUAGAGGUCCUGAAGCAAUUCCAAUUCACCUUCCUCAUCCGCCACCCUCGCCGAGCUAUCCCCUCAUACUACCGUUGCACGGUGCCGCCUCUGGACGAAGUCACUGGUUUUUAUGACUUCAUGCCCAAUGAGGCCGGUUACAGGGAGCUCGUGCGUUUCUUUGAUUUCCUGAUCAAGGAGAACAUCGUCGACAAGGACAACCUCGUUGUUAUCGACGCUGAUGAUCUUCUCGAUAAUCCCGAGAAGACCAUUCGUCUCUACUGCGAGAAGACGGGCAUUGACUUCAAGCCCGAGAUGCUCGAGUGGAAUGACGAAGAUUGCAACUAUGCGACCAUUGCCUUCCAGAAAUGGAAUGGCUGGCACAAUGAUGCUAUCAAGAGCUCGGCUCUGAGGCCCCGUACUCAUCACCAGAAGACGAUGACCACCGAGUCAGAAGAUAAGGAAUGGACCGCCAAGUAUGGUCCUGAGGCACAAAAGGUUAUCCGCAAGACGGUCGAGGACAACGUAGCUGAUUACGAGUACCUGAAGCAGUUUGCGCUACCUAUCUAA